AUGUCGUCUAGAGCAGCAGUUGGACUAAUGCAAGAGGUACAAGAGAGCAACAAGGCGCAGUUGUUCAUCUUCUCUGUGUUGACGAUUUAUAUCGUACUAGCCAACUCGCAAUAUCAUAGUGAUGCUCCGCUGACUGGCACCGAACAGUCACCAGAUUGGAUCGUACUAUUCUGCGGGACCAGGUAUCUAGUUGGAGAGCCGAACGAUAACCCCCUGAUCUCGCCCAUUAUCACGCGUACUCUAGCGCACUUCCAGACGCGCGAGAGGCCGUAUCAUCACACGCACCUCGGAGAUCUUGAGGCGAACAUCAAUGCUUCGGAGCGAGAUGAUGGAUUACUUGCUAUCUACAACCAUGCUAUCAACGAACUUUAUAAGUCGUACGGGGCGUUUUACGAGUGCACGGAGCCACAGGACAUCACGGAUGUGUUCGUCUGGAUUGCCAUGGUUGCUGAUGACUUUCUGCCGUUAUUGAGGGAUUCCAGACAAAAGGCGUUGGUGAUCUUCUUGUACUUUUGCAUGCUGCUGAAGCAGCUGCCUAGUCAGUGGUGGCUAGAUGCUUGGUCAAACAACCUGUACGGGAAGACGUAUGGAUCGUUGGACGACGAGCAUAGGCCGUGGGUUAGGGACCCGACGAUGGAAUUCAGCGACAUCUGUUCGUGA